CGUAAAAGAGGGGCACAUCCACGCAAACAACUCCUAUCGUGCAGCUGCGGUACUAGUAACUAGAGCUACCGUACCAGGUAGAGGCUGGAAGCAUGUAUUGCUCGUCUCCAUAUCGGUACUGGCUAGCUAGCUGGGAGCUACCGGUAUCAUGGUAUCUAGCUACCGGUAGCCAGUAGACACAUAGCAGGAAGUAGGUGAUCAAGCCAAGCCGAGAAACGGAACUUUUAAAAUCAAUGAACGACGGAAGACAACCUUGAAACUUUGGCAUAGAUGCAAGCAAAAGCGCGCAGCGCAGCCCACAGGCAAGAGCCCAACGCCUCCACAACGCAAACACAAUGCAUCUAUUUUUAGCGGAAGCUCUGAUUUCCACUCACGAAUCCAAAUUUUUGGUGAGCCAGGGAAGCUCGAGUUCUUGCCAGUACCGUUUCAUUUAUCAAACUGGCGGCAUAUCUUUGAGGCUUUCUUGUUAGAGAGCGACUGCUGGACUGUCCAUCAUAUUUCUUGUCAAAGCUUCGCUGCGAUUAAUCUUUUCGACACACAACUUUUAGAAGCAAAGGUAAGAAAGACAAGAAUGGUGGCAAUCAACAAAAUUAUUGGAACCUGCUGCGGCACGAACGAGCUUGUCAGCACGUUGAUGAGCCAUUUGCCGUUUGGCAAGAACAAUGACGAAGAGCAGGCAGAAGAAGUCAAGCCGAAUCCGCAACAAAAACCUCAAAACAAGCCCAACAAGAAGAAGAAGGGCAAAUUCACGGAUAAGGAAAUGAAAUACGAGCUCACGAUGUGGAAGGAUCUCCCCCUCAAGGUCCGCAAGGCCGCAAAGGAGCUGGGAUACGAGCAAGAGUCCUGGGACAGCUCGAGUCUUCUUCCUAUUGGACACAAGCAUUGGCACGCCCUGACCGAGGACGAACGCAAGGCUGUUGAGGCCUUAGGCUGGGAGAAGGAAGCCUGGGAAAAACAAUACCAAGAAACAGCCUAUGGAGAUCUCCCAGAACUCCAGAAGAAGGCUGCUGCCGCCGUAGGAAUCACCGACGACCACACAUGGCAUCAUUGGCCUCACGAUUUGGAGCACAGUCACUGGGACGACUUGAAGGACGAGCAAAAGCAAGCCAUGGCAGUUUUCGGGUGGACCAAGAGCGAGUGGGAUCAUUGAAAGGUACGGAACGAAAAGCAGCCAGAAAACGAAUGCCAUCCUAUGUAAAUGCUUUUUCGUCUUUGCAACGGUACCUGGUAGCAGUAGAUACUCCAUUGACAUUACUAGUAAGGAAAAAACAAAUUCAAUUCAUGACCACCGU